AUGACGGAUCAAACGUCGGCUACCUCCGCCGCCCGGGCUGAAUGGCGUGCCAUUGCCAUUUGCUUGUUCAUCACGAUUGCAGCUUUCCAAUUCGGCUUUGACUCGUCCUAUUAUUCUGGUAUCCUGGUCAUGGAACCCUUUAUUAAGGCCUAUGGACAUUAUGAUCACGCGACCGGCGGUUAUAUCCUUAGCUCCAGUAUCCAGUCUCUGACCACCAGCAUCAUCAAUGUCGGCGAACUCGUCGGAGCCGUAUCAUCCUACCUGGUGGAUGACCGGAUUGGCCGUCGCGGGGGCCUGUUUGUUUCGAGCACGUUUGUGGUACUUGGUGUGGUCUUCCAGGUUGCUGCUGAUAAGCUCGCUUUGUUGAUUGUUGGGCGACUACUUCUCGGGUAUGCCGUGGGUCUGAUCUCCUGCUUGGUGCCCUUGUAUGUCGCCGACUGUGCUCCAGCCCGGUUUCGUGGAGCCCUGGUCUCUCUCUACCAAUUCGACGUCGGCCUCGGGCUGCUGCUGGGUGUCAUUGUCGACAACGCUACCAAGAAUCGCAACGACAGUGGCGCAUAUCGAAUCCCCAUGGCAGUUCAGCUAGUCUUUCCCGUCAUCCUGGUCCCCGGAUUGAUUUUGUUUGCCCCCGAAUCUCCGCGCUGGCUCUUGACCAAAGGAAAGAUCGAGCAAGCCCGUGCAGCUCUGCGUCGUUUACACGGAAACCGUCCCGACCUGAUUGAGAGUGAGAUUCUGCACAUCUCGGGAAUGAUUGAAGAAGAGCGCCGCGUGGAAAGUUCCUGGCGAGAUCUGCUCCGCUGGACCCCUGACGGUCGCAAAGCAUACCUAGGCAUGGCCCUACAGGCCUGGCAACAAGCUUCCGGGAUCAACUUUAUCACCAGCUACGGCAUUGUAUUCUUUACUGCCAUCGGCAUGACAAAUACCUUCCUGAUCCAAAUGGGCCUGUACCUGGUCCCUAUGCCAGCAGUGUGGCUCAAUCAAUACUGCGUCGAGCGUUUUGGUCGUCGUCCCAUGCUCCUGCUCUCCUGUACCCUGGUUGCUGUGGUGUUGUCGAUUGUCGGCGGAACGGGAACUGCGAACCAUAAAACAAUGGCUUUGGACCGCACGAUCGUCGCGAUGGUCUACAUCUUCAUGAUCGUCUACAAUCUCUCCCUGGGCCCCGCCGUCUGGGUGGUUACCUCGGAGAUCUCUACUGGCCCUAAUCGCAGCAAACUCAUGGCUACCUCGACCGGAACUAAUUGGUUCUGCAGCUGGAUGGUGACUUUCACUUUCCCGUAUCUCUUCAAUGCCGAUGCAGCUGGUCUUAGCGCCCGAGUCGGAUUUAUCUACGGCAGCUUGAUGGUCGCGGCUGCCGUGUGGGUCUUCUUUCUACUACCGGAAACUUCAGGCAGGACACUAGAGGAAAUCCAGGUGUUGUUCCAGAAUGGUGUCCCGGCUUGGAAGUUCAAGUCGUAUGAUAUUUCUGAGGUCCCCGGGUCAUCUGCCAUCGAGGAAAAGAAAGAAGCCCAUGCCAUGGAAGUGGAGGAAGUCUAG